GCAUGCGUGUGCUGUACUACGGGUGCCACAGGGUGUUAAGCUUUAUGCGAUUCAACGACUUUCGGAAUCUCGGAAUCUCCCCAUUUCCCCCUGCAUUGACACUUCAGUGUCUGGACUCUACUGCUAUGAGCAUAUAUUGGGUAGAACUGCAAGUGGACACCGUCCGAAGGUCGAGUUACAGCCUCAACACGAUAGUUCACCCGGUGCAGAUAAGGUACUGUCGGGUCACACCAUUCAUUCAGGCUGUAAACAAGACCAAUAUGAGCUGACCAUGGAGGACGUCGGACGGAUUUGAGGAAUACUAGGACAAACUUUUCUACAAUGGGGAGUCAGAGGAACGGUUUCAAGAAAGAAAGCUUCAUUUUGUCGGUGGACAUCGGUACAACAUCAAUCAGAUGUCACGUCUAUGAUAAAGGGGCAAAAAUCCGAGGAUCAUGCACCACCAAGGUUGUUCCCUUGUAUCCAGAGGUAGGACAUGUGGAGAUGGACCCAGAUGCACUAUGGAAAGGGUUUAUCACUGUGGUCAAGGGAGCUGUGCAAGAUGCAGGAGUACAAAUGCGUCAGAUGGAGGCCCUUGGCAUCUCCACUCAACGAGCUACCUUCACAACAUGGGACAGGAACACUGGGGUUCCUUUCCAUAACUUCAUCAGCUGGCAGGAUCAGAGGGCUGCAGACCUGGUGAAGUCCUGGAACAGAUCCUGCACAAUGAAAGCAAUCCAUGGCGUGACAAAGGUACACUACUUCCUGACCAGGCAGAAGCGGUCGCUUGCAGCAAGUCUUUUUGUCUUCUCCACUCAACAUGUCACCUUCCGCCUCAUCUGGGCCCUAACACACUACAAGCAGGUUCGUCAAGCAGUCGCUGAAGGCAACUGCUGCUUUGGAACAAUAGACACCUGGCUUCUGUUCAGACUCACAAAAGGACUCGUCCAUGCCACAGACUACUCUAAUGCCAGUUCAACAGGAAUUUUCGACUCCUAUCAGAUGUGUUGGAGUGGGUUUCUCUGCUCUCUUCUUUCUCUGCCUCUCUCUAUUUUCCCCAAAGUAGAAAAUACAGGCCAGGACUUUGGUUCCACAGACCCGUCCAUCUUCGGAGUGCCCAUUCCCAUCAUGUCAGUGAUGGCGGACCAGCAGGCAGCCAUGUUUGGAGAGUGCUGCUUUGACGUUGGUGAUGUCAAGAUCACUAUGGGAACGGGCACCUUCAUGGACAUCAACACCGGGAGCAAACCACAUACGUCCGUAGCAGGUCUGUAUCCUCUGGUGGGGUGGAAGAUUGGCUCAGAGGUGGUGUAUCUGGCGGAGGGCAAUGGAGCAGACACAGGCACUGCCAUCAAAUGGGCACAGGAGCUGGAGCUCUUCUCUGAUGUCCAGGAGACCAGCGCAAUGGCUUACAGUGUCAGCGACUCAGAUGGAGUGUGUUUCGUCCCUUCCUUCAGUGGCCUGCAGGCUCCUCUGAAUGAUCCAAAAGCUUGUGCUUCCUUCAUGGGCCUCAAACCUUCCACCACAAAAAGUCAUCUGGUCCGGGCCAUCCUGGAGUCUGUCGCCUUCAGAAACAAGCAGCUAUAUGAAACAAUGAGAGAGACUCACAUUCCCAUCACAAAGAUCAGGAUGGAUGGUGGUGUUUCAUCCAAUGACUUUGUCAUGCAGCUGACUGCAGACCUGUUUGGCACAAAGGUAGCCAGACCCCAACACCUCGAAAUGUCGUGUUUAGGGGCCGCUUUUGUCGCUGGACUUGGAGUUGGCUUCUGGAGGACCAGGGAAGAGCUAAAGAAGCUGCAGUGCACCGACGAGAUGUUCUUGCCCCGAGGGGCGCCCAGGGAGGGUGCUUCCAGCCCAUGUCAGGAAUACAUCCCUGUCCUCCAGAGCUGGGAGAGAGCUCUCCGACGCUCAAUGAAUUGGUACAGCAAGCCUUGACACUGGAUGCACACACUGGGACAUCCAGGGUUUGACCAAAUGGGAAGACAGAGACAUGAGUUUUAAGUACAUGCAGGGUUGCCACAGGUCUGGAAAGAUGGAAAGAUGCUUGGAUUUACCGAGCAAUAAAGAAGUCCUUAAAAGUGCUUGAAUUUAGCCUACCGGAUUCUCUGAGUUUGAGCCUUGUGUCCUCCGCUAUCUCAAAAUUCACCUGUGAUACCAUUUUUAUACAUCUGGAGGAGUUACCAUACCUUUACUUAAUUUCUUCACAUCAGAUGAAUCCUUUUAUUCAUUCCAGAUCUCAAGCCACUGGUGCCUCUUCAUGUUACAGCAUUUUAUCCAGAUGGAAUGAUAUUUAUACGUUUUCCCACAUGGGGGCGCUAAUGACUGCCUUUACAGCUUUUUAAUUUAUGAACUGGCCAUAGCAACCACAUGCCACAUGUUAAUAAGGAGCCACAUAUUAAUAUCAUUGAUAUCAGAUUCACACAUGAUUCUCUGUGAGGGGAAAAAAACACUUCUGUUCAUGAUGCCUCAGGAUUUAAAGAGCUCUAAAUAGGAAGUAGAAUUUUAAAAUUGUGUCAGACAUUCAACAAACACAGUAAUACUAAUAGUUUCUUCUUGAUUUAACUGUGUUUUGACUUUGUCAUUUUAAGAAAAUGUUAGAAACACAGUACUUAAACUUAUCUUCAAAACUAAAUACAGUUAUUAAAUGUGAUAAUGAUAUUGUUUAAAUUUAACUGGGACAGAAACUAAUUGUACAUGUUUUGCUCUCUAUAAGGGAAUCCUACUGGAUUUCAGCUCCUUGUUGUCAGAAAUGCUUCUCGCUUCCUUGAUACAACACACAUCUCUGUUGGCAUUGAAUUCGACAAAACUAAUGUUUGUUAAAGUUGACUGUUAAGUGUAGGUAUAUGUGGCAGGUUGGGGAUUCAUACAUUUAGCUUUGCUGCAAUAGCUGUCAUAAUUUUUUUGUCAGCUCACAUAGAAGUCUCAAUCUCUCAAGUUGUACAUCUUGAUGAAAUCACAGAUUAGCACCUGCAUGCGCUGUUGUUUAGGAACAAGUUGAUCAGGGACAUAAAUAUGAACUGAAACAGAAUUAGGACAUUAUUUCAGUCAUUAGUUUGUGUUUAUUGUUGAAUUGUUCCAUGGGGGACAGCCAUGUCAAUGUCAUAUGAUGAUGUUUUGACUCAAGUUUUUUACUUGACCUCAUGAACUCUGAUGACAAAGUUACAAAGUCCAGUCCUGUUCUGAUAAAAUGCUCACUAAUGGCUAAGAAAAUUUCAACUGUGGAUCUCAUUCUAGAUGUGUUCUACUUGCUGGGUAUUGUUAAAUGUUUUUGCCUUUCCUGAUACUGUAAUAUUCUUUCUACAUAUAAUAAAGGUUUGUUAUGCAAAGUGACAUAUAGUGUAAAAAUGAACACCUCCAAUCAAAAUGACAUUCCAGGUUGUCACGUGCGAUUUUCUAACACUUGUACUGCAUUCAGUUCUUGAAUGGCAAAUGUCAUCCUAAGCUGCUGGGAAAUAAACAAUACAUUUGUGUGAUCAUAAAUUUUGUUAGCAAAUUGCAUGAAAAUACUAAGUACUUUUGUAUGAUGUGAGAGGGCUAGUAUUAAAAAAACAAAAUUAUCAGCA